AGUAGCCCGUACGCGAUGAAGCUGUCACGGUGGGGGCCGCUCACGGUGAUCGUUCUCUGUCUAAGUAUCAUACACAUAAGUGGAGAAAGUUACAUUAAACGAUUAAGCUUAAAAGAAGGACGACGUGGGCCUCUCUUCUUAAGCUCCCGAAGAACUAGCAACUUCGAGCCAGUACACUGUGAUAGCUGUGAAACAAGCACCAAAAGCACAAGUAAACGUGACACAAGUACAGCAGAACGCGCGUCAUUCGUAGACACGAUGGCUAGGACGCCCUACAUGACACUGGCAUUGAAAGUACUGCUGAUGGUCAUACUCUGCUACACGCUGUGAUAAGAGCCUCUGUCUGUAUUGGUGACAUAUCGAAGCAAUCCAAACGAUACCCGAGAUUAGAUUGCUGCAGUUCCGAAACUGAUAUGAUAUCUACCGUCGUAUCAAAACACGUGCGGAACAUCCAGAUAGGUUUAGUUAAAUAAACGAAUUUCUGUUACGGUACA